AUGUCAUGGUUUGAACAAGACAGAAAGCAGGCGAGUUGUCGUUUGUCGCGGUUCGGCGCCGCCAGGUGGCGUUCAACGUUUCGGUUGUGCGAGGUUAUUUAUAUUUCAUCCAGCCCAGAGCUUGGGUUCCAUGUGGCCGCGCUUCAUCUUCCUCUUCUCUUCUACUCGACUCCAAGGACGGCUUUUGAGUUUGGCAUUCAGACUCAAAUACCACUCUCGGCGUAUACCGCUCUCGCUCUCUCUCGGCCUAUAAAGCCCGACACUCGCAUCAUCGUCUGCUUCCCCGAGACAAGAUACCACUUCAUCGGCGACUUGCACCAGCCCUUGCACAACGAGGACGUGGCAAAGGGCGGCAAUGAGAUCCAGGUCAGGUGGCAGCGGCGCGACCACAACCUGCAUGCCGUCUGGGAUGCCCUCAUCCUCGAGAAAAUGACGGAGCAUCUAGACCCCGCAUCGUCAACAUCCGUCGCCAAGCUGUGGGCAGGCGAGCUCGUCGGCGAGAUUACCGGCGGGAAAUAUGCCGCCGACAAGCAAACGUGGCUGGCGGAUUUUGAUCCUUCAGAUGCCCAUGCCACAGCCAUGGCCUGGUCGCGCGAGGCCAACGCCUACGUGUGCAAGAAUGGUGAGAAGUCGGGAUUCUCCUGCUCCUGA